ACACGUUCGCGGCGCCCCGCAGCGGCCGUCUGCUAGCAAAUAUUGACAGCUGAAACCGUCAACAAAAUGAGAAUUCAUUCCGCAUAAACACGAGCAGCGAUCAGGUACCAUUCACGAUCACGCCGAAACGCGAAUAGCACGUGGGGAUCUAAUAUUAGAACGAAGAUACUCGUUUCCAAAACAUAACACAAUACGGACACAGUGUUCGCCCACAUGGACUGUAUUGCCGGCACAGAACAUCCAUAAAUGUUUUUUACAAGAAAUUGUGUGAAUAUUAACAAUGAUAAUCAGCCGCAAAUGGAGGGAAUAUGUCACUGCACUCAGUGCGACUCUGAUCACGGCGGCGGCCGGUACGACGGUUGGCUGGACCUCCCCGACUCUCCCAAAGCUGCUAUCAAAGAACUCCCCCAUAGAAACGACGCCAGAUCAGAGCUCAUGGAUCGCCUCUCUUAUGAUAUUGGCUUCAGCUGUAAGUCCGAUCCCUGCGUCGUACCUGGCCGACAGGAUAGGCACAAAGAGAACGCUUCUGCUCGCCGCGAUACCAUAUAUAAUUGGCUGGAUCCUCGUGAUGCUUGCGAACAAUGUGCCCACCAUAUACGCAGCUCGGCUCAUAUCCGGGCUCGGCUACGGCAUCGCUUACACCGCAGCGCCUAUGUACCUUGGUGAAAUCGCCUCCAAUGAAGUGAGGGGUGCCAUGGCUACUCUUAUCACAGUCAUGUCUAAGUUUGGUAUCCUGUCACAAUACUGCAUUGGACCAUAUGUCUCCAUGCUGGGACUGGCAAGUUUUAACAUCGCGAUACCAAUUCUGUUCGUGGUCACAUUUAGUGCGAUGCCCGAGUCUCCCUACUAUUACCUCAAAUCGGGACAGAACAAUCUGGCUGAAAGAUCCUUAAAGAAAUUAAGAGGUCGAGACUACAUGAUGGAAGAACUCGAAAGCAUGACACAUCUCGUCAACGAAAACAUGAAGGAGAAGAGCCGGUGGAAGGAUCUUAUCGCCGUCGGUGGAAACAAAAAAGGACUGAUCAUAUUAUUAGGAAUCUAUUUUACUCAACAGUUUUGUGGAAGUACAGCUAUAAUAUCGUAUGCGGAACAAAUAUUUGGAGCGGCCGAAGGUGGUUUAGGUCCUCAAGAGUCAUGCAUUCUAUUUGGAUCCGUCCAACUCCUGACAUCUGCUGUAUCAUCCCAAUUAGUAGAUAGAUUAGGAAGGAAACCACUGCUAUUGGUGUCUUCGUGCGGAGUCGGUAUAGCAAAUAUUAUUAUAGGCGCGUAUUUCUUUAUGAAACAUGAGAAUAGUGAAUACAUCGUUAGUUUAAGGUUUAUUCCUAUCGUUGUGAUACCAAUAUUUAUAUUCUCUUAUACUAUAGGUUUAGCUACAGUGCCUUUCGCUAUUACGUCGGAAAUAUUUCCCACUAACAUCAAAUCAAAAGCCACAUGUAUUAUUCAGAUAUUCGUGGCAAUUAUGACAUUUGCGGUUACUAAGUUGUAUCAAGUAAUUGCCGACAAUUUAGGUAAUUACGUAGCGUUUUGGUGUUUUGCCUUGUUGUCUGUCGGUGGUGUUAUUUUUAUAUUAAUGUUACUUCCCGAAACUAAAGGGCAAUCUUUUGCUGCAAUACAGGAAAAAUUAUACAGUAGCGAAAAAGUUGUCUAUGAAAAGAGAGAAGGUGAUGUGGCCAGAGUACGAAUUAAUUUAUGAAAAUUUUAUUUAAUACAGCGUCAAUUGCUUAUUUGAUGUACUUAAUGCUUCCGUCCUAUAUAUUUAUUGAAAAGCAUUCCGCAUUUAAAUGAGCCCUACAAUACUCGGCUUAAAUUGUCUUAAUUUCUCAUUCAAUUACUUAACUUACUAAUUCCGUAAAAAAACCCAUGAUUUGUUCACUUCUCAAAUCUUCGAAUAUCUAAUUAAUUAAUUCAUUUAUUUAAAUUAUUGGUUACAUAAUUAUUUAGGAUAUUAAUAUUCAUAUCUCAUUAAUCCAUAGAUAUGUUCCAAGACAAACAAGAUUUUAAGUAUUAUUAUAAUUUACUAAAUUUUAUUAUACGAUUAUUUAAAAUAUUAAUAGAACAAAAUAUCGAACUUAUUAUAACUGGAAUAUGAGACCAUUAGUUGUAAGUAAAUAAAUGGAAAUAGCAUAGUGUUAUUUAUAUUUUCAUGUAUAUGUACCAAAAAUGUAUAGAAAAAAAUGUAAAAUUAUGUAUGGUGUUUGAAACUUAGUAAAAUUGCCUGUGAAUAAUUUACAGCUGGUAAUUAUACAAAGUAUUCUUGAAUUGCGGUAUUUUUUUUGUUUUCAUUCACUUUAUGUUACUAUAUAUUAUAAGCAUUAUAAUAUAUGUAUUUUUAGUGUAAUAAUUAAUAUUAAUACAACUAUUCGAAUAAAAAGCUUUAUUACAAUCCGAUUUUAGGCAUAUAUGCAUUUUCUCGUUUUUAUAAGGUACUUUAGAUAAAUCCUGCAAAUAAGUAAUUUUGUAUUGUUUUAAAGAAAAUCAAUAUCGUAAAGUAGGUAUUUUAUAGAAUUAAAUUAAAGGAAGUUAAAUUUUUAAUAUUUUUCUACUCUACUGAAUUUGAAAUGCCUCGUAAUUUCUUAAGGUAGCAUAAAUCUGCACGAAUUAAUAUGAAUAAUAGAAAUAAAUUAAUAAUUAUAUGCCAAUGUGAUGUUAUACAUUCCUAGUGCCUUACUUAUUGUGCCAUUUUCAUCUGUUGUGCAAUCUCGGUUAUUUUAAAAAAGGGAAUCUAACAUUAGUAUACUUUUAGGAGAAUAAAACUAUUUUUGAUUGUUUA